AUUAAUAAUUUAUGGUACCGAGUGAUAACAUAGGCGUAAAAUCAAAAUUCUGGGCAUACUCUGCUCUUCUGCGUUCUGCCAGAUAAAUUUCUGAGUCUUUGACAAGUAGAUAUAUGAUGAUGAUGAUGAAAUUUGUGAUAUCAAAUUCUCGAUUCCUACCACAUUCUGCUGCUUCAGCUCAUACAUCCUUUUGUUUUUAUGCAGCUUCUCACUUCUCCACUAACCCUAACCCUAAUAAUCCCUUUAAACCCAAACCCCAUUUCCCUUGUUCCUCUAAUCCACCUCAUACUCGUCUUCAACAUUUGCUCCUUGAGAAAUCCAAGGUUAGUUUCGAUAAACUCGAUGAUGCUCUUCAAGUGUUUGGUAAAAUGCUCCUUAUGAAGCCUCUGCCUACUGUUAUCGAUUUUAAUCAACUAUUAGCUGCCGUUGUUAAAAUGAAACACUACUCCGUAGCUGUCUCCCUUUUUAGGAAGAUGCGUGUAGAAAGCAUCCCUGUUAAUGUAAUUACCUUUAAUACUCUCAUUAACUGCUUUUGUCACUUGAAUCGUGUCGAUUUUGCCUUUUCAUUACUAGCUGGAAUCAUCAAGCACGGUUUUGUGCCAAGUGUGGUUACUUAUAACACUCUCAUCAGGGGCCUUAUUUCCCAAGAUAUGCCUCAUGAGGCUCAGCUUUUGUUCCAGAACCUCAUCAGAUUUCAACUUAUUCAACCCAAUGUUGUUACCUAUAACACAAUCAUCGACGGCAUCUGCAAGAGAGGAAAUCCUUCUGUGGCUGUUAAGUUGUUCAAAAAUAUGGACAAUAAAGGUUGCAAGCCUGAUACUGUAACUUACAGCACACUUAUUGACUGUUUGUGUAAACAUAGAUUAGUCGAUCAAGCAUUGGGUCUUCUCCACCAAAUGACAAGGAAAGCUAUAUCUCCGGAUGUUAUAACCUACAACUCAUUAAUUCAAGGGUUGUGUGACUUUAAUCGAUGGCAUGAUGUCAAACAGUUGCUCAAGGAGAUGGAUGUUAGGAACAUUUCUCGAGAUGUUUAUACUUUCACUAUAUUGAUUGAUGCAUAUUGCAAAGAAGGAAUGAUUAUAGAUGCAGAGGAUGUGAUAGAGUUGAUGAUUCAAAGAGGAGUAUAUCCUAAUGUAGUCACUUACAAUUCACUCAUGGAUGGAUACUGCUUGCAGGGAGAGGUUAAUAAAGCAUUAGCAGUGUUCGAAAGCAUGAAGAGAAAGGGAAUAUUGCCUAAUACUUUUAGCUAUACUAUCCUCAUCAACGGGUACUGUAGAAAGAAGAAAGUGGACAGAGCCAUAGAUCUUUUUCAACAAAUGCCCUCUGAAGGUUUAACUCCAACUAUUGAGACUUACAGUACUAUACUGCAAGGUUUUUUUCACGCGGGCAGGCAUGUUGAAGCACGUAAUUUUUUUAAGGAAAAGAUGAUUAACCAAGGUGUUGAGUUUAAUAAUGUGACAUGUCGUAUCUUGUUGCAUGGUCUUUGCCAGAAUUCUUAUGUAUUUGAAGCACUAUCCUUUCUUCAAAUACUGGAAUCCCGCGGGCUAGUUCCUGAUAUACAUGUUUACACUAUUCUGAUGGAUGGACUGAGCAAAAAUGGACAUCUAGAGAAUGCAAGAAGCCUUUUUGACAACCUUCCUGCGAAAGGUUUGCGACCUAAUGUCAAGACAUACACAGUGAUGAUCCAAGCAUAUUGUCAUGAAGGGUUAUUGGAUGAAGCAAAUGAACUAUUCAGGGAAAUGGAAGGAAAUGAUUGCUUGCCUGAUCAUGUCACAUACAACAUGCUUAUUCGCGGUUGUUUACAGAAUAAGAAAUACUAUGAAGCAGGUGUACUCCUAGAUGAAAUGCUUGGUCGCGGCUUUGCAACAGAUGCAUCUACUGCAUCUCUUUUACUGGAUUUACUUGAUGUGCAAGAACAGCAUCCUGCUCUGCUUGCUUUGUGGAAGAAGUACUUGCCGUAGCCCGUAGGUGUAACGAAGGAGAAAGUUCUCAGGCAAACAUGUGGAAGCCAAGAUGGACAUUUUGAAAAGCCAAAAAGUCUUUUUAACAGCUUUCGUUCGCUUAAGACCUAAUGUCAAGAUUUACACAUUUACCUACAACACACUUAUCCACGGCUCUUCUUGCUUUGUGUAGGAAAUUCUGGCAAUAGUUGCUUCAUAUAAUUCUAAUUAAUUUUAGUAGCUCGAUGAUGCACUUCUUUUGUUCAGUUAAAAUCUCCAAAUAAGACCUCUAUUUCCUGUUAUGAUAUUCAAUCAAAUGGUUCCUGUA